AGAGACAUGUCUAAUACCACUCUCGUUUACUCGACAUUUGGCUCCCUUUCUUAGCCCGACAUGCUUGCUCCCAGGAAGCGGCCUAUGCCGCUGUUUCUACUCACAGUCCUGGUCCUCAUCGGAAUAUGGUACCACCAUAGAGACACGGAUCGCGUAUACUUGCAGUGGAUGUCGUCGAUUGAGGCGCGCCCUAUAAAGAUCCCCGCGAAUAGAACUUUAGGCUUCGGCGCCGUUAUCGUCGUAUCCAAAGAAGGCUCGCCGCGCCGCGAGCCGCUCUUGCAAGCCGCAAACGUCACCGACUUCGACAUCACCAUUCCGGAACAGCCUGCCUGGACCGAAGGCGACGUCCAGCGCUUCAUCAACGGUCAGGACAACGCCGUCAAAGGUUCUAUAUUAGCGUGGCUAGGGCACCACAACGCCCUGAGGUGGUUUCUCGCUUCUGGCCUAGAGACGGCUCUCAUUCUCGAAGACGACGUCGACUUUGACAUUCGCCUGCGCAGCGUCCAGAUACCUCUCGCAGCAAGCGCUGCCCGUCGCCUCCUUCCCCCGGCCCCCAACCAACAUCCCUUUGUAAACUACGCCAGCAAUCGCACCCAGUACUGGGGAGAUCAGGAGGCAUGGGACCUACUCUACCUCGGCCAUUGUGGCGACUACUUUGAUAUCGUCGACGACGACGGCCCCAAGACUGAUCGCCAGGAUUACAACCUCACCGCUAUGCCACAUGUCCUCUACGAGGACCCUACCAUGCCCUCAUGGCUAAAUCUGCAUCCCUUCACACAGUCGCUAUUCCGCCUCCUGGGCAUGCCCGAGCGCAAUCGAGUUAUGCACCGCUCCAAAUUCCCCCUCUGCUCCUUCGGAUACGCCGUUACCCGCCCCGCCGCCGAACGACUUCUCAACGAUCUUGCGCCACCAAAACUGAAAAAGGAUGGCGCGCGCGCCUUUGACGUAGCCCUUCUCCACGCCUGCAACAAGGGAGAGAAUACACCCUCGCCUACACCCGAGUGGCAGCGGCCCAAUGCAGACCCCAAAAUGCGCAGCAAAUAUCCAAGCCCUGGUCUGCGCUGCUGGACGCUCAACUCGGAGCUAUUCCAUCACAUGCCUGGACGCAGCGAAAUCGACUCACUCUCGGAGGCGUCAGGAGAGAAGCCCGGCCCCCCGCCAGUAGACCGUGCGGCCGAAUUUCAGGUCUUCUACCGGAACGAGACAACCAAUAUUGACUGUGGAUUCUGGAGCGGCGCCUUUUCAUUUGAAAAAGACGAUCUCGAACGACUCCAUUACCUGCAGGAGAAAGUCGGGCGUGAAGGACUCUGUCUCAAAGAAGGCAAACCACAAGAUGACAUCGACUACCCCGAUUACCCACCGCAGAAGACCAUGGACUACUGAGUGUCCCUUUCAACAGCUCGAUACCUUUCCAUGUACAUAUUUUCUUCUAUUACGAGCAGUAAAACUUAGGGGCAACAACACCACCCGACUUCGGACCCUUUUAUCUAACGGAAAUCUUUAAAUCAGGCGUUUAUCGGCGCAGUAGGAACCACCAAACGCCACCACUAUCACACGGGGCUAUGAGCAUUGGAAAAUGCAAAAGGCGCAUAUGACUUUUUCGGGAAGCAAGGGGGACAGCAUUUUAUACCAACUCAACGAGCGCGCAACAAACGGGAGCAGCAACACCCACACACGGCGUACUACACAUGCAUUUGCAUCCGCACGGCAGGGCCAGUUUUGGAACAACAACGCAACAUUUUUGCUCUGGGGGUGCUUUUCUUUUUCAAAUCUCUCUCAUGACUUACUGUUGUCUUGUCUUUUACUUUUUUUGAUACCAAAUAAGCGAGAUUAUAUCCAGAUUGUCCUGAAUCUUACACAGAAAUAUGGACAUACGUCACA